CCUAGGACAAAAUGAAGGUUACCAUUGCAAUUAUUGGACUUUUUGUGACUAUCUUCUGCAGCCAGCAAUUGCCGAUAAUGGCAUGUGGUAUCACAGAUGUGUAUAAUAAGUUCGACGAAUAUUGUAUAUCUAUCACCACCCAUGCUAAUCCGUCUCUUUGCUUCAGUUUCAAUGAGAUCAAGGAAACUGGCAAAUUCCAUUCUUGGUUCCACUCUGAUCCCGUAAGAUUUUGUGUAUUUCCAUUUUUAAAUGAAUUUUGCAACACAUGCAACAUUUUGCCUACUUGGGUUCCCCCACCGACUAAUAUUUUGUGAGGCUUACAAAUUCUACAACAGCAAAUCAACCGAACCAGAAUAUUGAAUAUAUAUAAUUGCACUUAAUCUUUUUGUUUUUGCACUUUGGCAUGCCAGCCCCUUAAAUAUAUUCCCCAAGCAUUACAAAA